AUGGUAGCUGUUGCUUCGAUUUUUUAUGGGGAAGGCUCUAACAUGCAGACUGAGUGUAAGGCUUUGUUUGAUGGCCUGAAUUUGGUGCAGUAUGGGCUGGGGGAUUACCCUUUACUGAUUGAAUCUGAUUCUCAGAUUCUGGUGAUGAUGGUUCAUGGGAAGGCUGCGACUCCAUGGAAAUGUAGAAGGGUUUUAAGGAGAAUUUGUGAGAUAUUGGGGAGUUUGGAUGCUAGAAUGUCUCACAUAUAUUGUGAAGCUAACGGGGUAGCAGACUUUUUGGCUUUGUAUGCUGUUCAGUCGAGGAGGUCCACUGAUUUCUCAAUGAGGAGUUUGACUACAGAAGGGAAAUUAUUGUUGAUCCAUGAUCAGACUGGAUGGCCAGUGGUUUUGGACAAGCCUGCUUCUGUCAGAACUAAAUCGUUGUUGAUUAUCCGAACAAGACGCAGUAGGUUGUCUGCUCAGAAAUAUGACCCUAGAAGCAAUGGUCCAAAGGUGCCAUUUUUUAGUAGUGAUGAGGAAACUCUUAGCACAUCCAAGGGAAAUGCUUUAUUGGUUCCAAGGGAGAACCCAAGAGCUUUUAUCCUUCAUUUUUCAGAACAGUGGCCCCUGAGGGCUAAUGGAAAGCAAUUGCCUACGUUGAAUCAUAAAUAUUAUCAUGUGUAUGAGAAUGGAAAUAUAGGUGACAAUGGCACAAGUGAAGCCGGUGUUAUUUCAGCCAAACUCAACCUUAAGCCUAAUGGGAUGCGUGAUGAUCAUUCCACCAAAAAGGAAGGUUCAUGCAUUGAAGUCCCCGGAUGCAAAGAUGGUCAGGAUGCAGGUAUUCAUCAGCAUGAAGCUGAUGUAGAACCAAUAGUGCCAAAGCUCCGCCACUCUAACUACUACACAGAACCUCAAAUCCAGGAGUUGGCAACAAAGGAAAGACUGAACCAGGGUUCUACAGCCGUGUCAAGGAGUUUGUGGUUGGACAACGUGGCUAUGGCAACAUCAAGUUUUUGGGGGAGACAGAUGUGCGGCAACUUGAUCUUGAAUCCCAUGUCCAGUUUAAUAACCGUGAGGCGAUUGUGUAUAUGGAUGACAGCAAGAAACCCCCAGUGGGGCAAGGUCUUAACAAGCCUGCAGAGGCAGCUCUUCUUUAACAUCAAAUGCAUUGACAAAAAGAGAGGGAAACAACAGUACAUAGAUGGACCAAAGGUUGAUAAGUACAGAGAGAUGCUAAUCAAGAAGGUGGCAGAGCAAGGUGGUGAAUUUGUUGCUUAUGAUCCAGUGGAAGGGGAGUGGAAAUUCUGA